CGAGUUCCACAUUUUCGCUCAUCCAAGCCUUUCAAGAGAGAUCAAAUUUGAGAUAUCGCUACUCGGCCGCAGAUGCCCCGAGAUCCGCGAGGCAACACGACCUCGCGCCGCUCGCUCAACAUUUUUGCUGCUGACUCUUCUUAAACUUUGCUAUGGCGGCUCAGAGAAGCGGCAAUACCGUCUUCUUGACCGAGCAAGAGGCGGAGCGCAUCCGGAACACGGUCAAGGAGCGGGUGAAGAAAUGCAAUGCAGCCGCCGGCCAGGCGCGGGAGCCGCGAGAUGCCAAAUCGGCUAUCAGAAACGCUACCGGCGCGUCUCUCAUGGCCGAUAUGGCCGACAUGGGACCGUCGCAGGCAGCUACAAUGCCCGCCAUCGGAGUAGGCCAGCCGUAUCCGCCCUGUGUCGUCCCCCUGAAGGACCUGCAGCCGAUGAAGUUGGGCGACCUUCGAAUGGAAACCCACCACCGUGGCUACCGGCUCACCGUCAAGCGUGCCAGCCCCGUGGUGACACUGGCAGCCAGGUCGUGGGCGAUGGUGCAGGACGAGGCCGGUGAGGAGAUCGAACGCCUCGAGAUCUGCUUGCACAAGCGCCGCCACGGCAGGGAAGUCCUGGAAACGCCGGGAGCCGUUUUUAUACUCAAGGAGCCGUAUUUCACUCUCACAGAUGAUGGCGAACCUACGCUUCGGGUUGACCAUCCCUCUGACCUGGUGGUCGUCACGGGGACGGAUGCGGAAGUAUCAGAUGUUGCAGCGGCCGAGAAGAUGGCGAAGCGCUGCAAAGAUGAGGGCAAUGCAGCGCUGGAGAAGCAGAACCUACCGCUGGCUCACGCAAAAUAUACCGAGGGUCUAAGAAUCGCCCGGCAAGAUGUCGUGCACAACGCGAACCCCGAUCUGGCCCGGGAUCUCUCUCGGAACCGGGCGCAUGUCAACCUCCUCCUCAGCCAAUUCGACGAAGCAGAAGCCGACGCGAAAGCCUCGCUCAUUGGCCGAGACGACGACCAGCGAUCCAAAGAGCUGGAUAGCAAAGCCCUCUUCCGCGCCGGGACAGCGGCAUACAACCUCGGCAAGUACCGCGAGGCCAAGGAGCUAUUCGAGCGGCGACUCAAGCUCACCCCGGACAUCAGCUCCAAGGAGACCAGCGCAAUCCUCCGCAAGAUAGACCUGCGUCUGCGUGAGCAGGAAGCCGGGACGCAUGAUCUCAGCAAGAUCCGGGCCGGUCUGUCCCGCGCCCGCCCCCGCGCCGACGCGGCCAGCUUCGUCGCCAACACCACCAUCAAAGACAGCCCGGGCCGCGGCCGCGGCCUGUUCGCGACGCGCGACAUCCCCGAGGGCGACAUCAUCUUCAUCGAGAAAGCCUUCUGCGUCGUCUGGGGCUUCGAGAGCGACGUGCUGACCGCCAUCACGUACGACGUGCGCGACGACCGCAUCCGCGUCUCGCCCGUCGGCCUCACCCGCGCCGUCGUCCACAAGCUGCUCAACAACCCCUCCCAGACCGCCGCCGUCAUGAACCUCUACGGCGACUGGCCCGGUGUUCCCACCACCAACACUGCCACCAACACCACCACCGCAGACGACGGCCCAGCCAUCGACACUUUCCGCGUGCACGACAUCGUCUCGCGCAACGCCUUCGGGCCGGGCAGCCAAUUCGGGGACGCGGAGGGCGCGCGCAACGCGAGCACGGGCCUGUGGCUGCGGGCGGCGCUGGGGAACCACUCGUGCGCGGCCAACGCGCGCAAGGAGUUCGUGGGCGACCUGAUGGUGCUGCGGGCGGCGCGGCGCAUCGCGCGCGGCGACGAGAUCUUCCACGCGUACGACGAGUCGGGCGACUACGACGCCCGCCGCGAGGCGCUCGCCCGCACCUGGGGGUUCGACUGCGCGUGCGAGCUGUGCGUCGUCGAGCGCGAGGACCCGCCCGCGGUAAGGAGGCGCCGCCGCGAGCUGAUCGCCGAGGUGGAUGCCUUCGUGGCGAGGGAGAGGCCUGCCGGGGCGAACCGGCGCGCCGUGGUGAGGGCGCAGCGGCUGGCUAAGGCCAUUGAGGAGACGUAUGAUGCUCAGAGGUAUAAAGGGCUGCCGAGGCUGGCGGCGAGGACGAUCCAGGAGUGGCUGGCCAUAGCAACCCCGCGACGGUAGGGCCGUCCGGGGAAGACGCUGUUCUGGCGGGCUCGAUGCCAUGCCCGACGGCGGAGAUGUGCCGCCAUUGCUGUCGACCGUGCGCCAGUGUCAAUAUACCGAGCAGUUGGCUGUCGGCGCCUGUCACGCGUCCUGAUGUCAGGGGUCGUGACCCCCACGCUUCACGCAUAUGCAUUGCGGUGGACUGCACCGAGUACCGCAACAUCUGACCCCCAGUCU